AUUUUAGCCUCAAGUGCAUCAAAGACAAGAAGUUGCCCAUCAGGGUCACUGUGCUCGUGGCUGUGCUGCUUCUCACCAUCAUCACACUGGCAGUGAAGAAAUGCCCAUCCUGCCCACCCUGUCCUACUGCCACCCUGCCCAGCUGCCAGGAGAGUGGGUUUGGCUUCAGGGGCAAGUGCUUUUACUUCGUGGAAGUGGAAGCAGACUGGAACAGGAGUCAGGACAUCUGCCGCUCCCACCAAGCCCACCUGGCCACCAUCGACACCCGGGAGGAGCUGAGUUUCCUCCUGCGCUACGGACGCAGCGUGCACCAUUGGGUCGGGCUGCGGAGGGAAGGGACUGGACCUUGGGAAUGGUUCAAUGGAUCCCUCUACAACACCUU